GGGGCUCCAUGACUGCGUUUGACAGCUGCGAAAUAGAAAAUGUAUAGCGCAUAGAUGUUCUGGGAAGCCAUGCCGCUCCAAGGCAACCAUAUUAUCACAAGAAAUGGGAUGCAGCAUGGCCCUUGGUAGCCCUCGAAUGACCUCGUAAAUCUGGACCACCUGGAGAACACGAAAUACAAAAUAAGGGAAAGAUUUAGCUUUUAUUGUGCAUAAUAGAAGCCUGGGAUUUUGGGGGGGCAAUGCACCGUGCGUUUUCGUUCCCCGUGACUGUGGAGCGCAGUCGGACUAAGGAGCGCCUGGAGGCGAGUCUGGCCGGGCUGUGUGAGCUGGAGCUCCGCAAGCAGAGGCAGGAGUGCCUGGUGCUGGGGGCGCUGGCUCUGGGAGAUCUCCUGCCCCAGGACAGCUCCAGAGGAGAGCUGGCAUGUUUCAGCAGCUGGGGGCAGGAAAACUUGACACUGAGGCGCCAGCUGAGUGCCCUUCACAGUUCCCCAUGGGGCCUGAUGCAGGCACUGGAACAGCAGGUGGGAGAGCUGAAGAUCGACGCUGAUGACGGCUGCUAUGAUGGAGCUCAAGGCGACACGGGCGACAGUCGGCCGAGUUCUGGUUUCUAUGAGUCAAGUGGGGGUCAGUCGCCAAAAGGAAGAUCUUGUUCCACUGAGGCCACAGAGACUGUCUCCUCCUGGACUUACACCAACGACAGGCCAAAGUCUGUGGGAGAUCCCCUCAUGCUGAAUGGAGAACUGGAUGUGCCAGUCCUACGCACCACCCUACCUCGCUCUUUCUCUGCUCCUUACCCACCUCUGGAGGGCAUCGCUGAGGAGGUUACAGCAGUGGACUCUUGGCAUUGGGACCCUACUGCAGCCAACUACGCCUGGGAGCAGCAGCCUGCAGAGGAUCACGUCACAGAGGAGGACUACCAGCAAGCCUUAAAGGUAGAGGGUUACAUCCUAAGUCUCAUCCAACGUCAUACCCUUGCACCACGGCCAUGUCAGCCUCGCACCACCCUGAGCCCCGACCCCCCAUACUGCAUUGCCUCCGGACACAGCUCCCUACACAGGAGAACUCCUUCUCUGACCACAGAACAACGCCUUCCAGACCCCCAUCUCCAGUCCCACGUUGACCUUUCAACAAACCCUAAGAGCCAUGGCUGGGGUUGUGACCUGCUGGAGGGGGAAGCCUGUGGAGGAGAGGCCCCAUCUUUGGAGGAGGACUGUUAUCUGGCUCUGCCCUACCCCCAGCCCAGGCCACACUCCUUGGCUGAGAGGCUACCAUCACCUCUGCCCUCCCUGGACCCCAACUGUGGUGUUGGGACUCUUGACCUUUGUUGUGAACCCACAUCCCCCCAGCAUUACUUACACCCACAACCCCCUAUUCAUCACAAACACAAUUUAGUAAGUGCUCAGUAUAUCCCCGGACAAGCCUGCCAUGCCCCUGUACGCUCCCCCAGACACUACAACCCAGACCAGCCAAAGUCCAACCGAGCUGUCGCCUCUCCUGACCACCCAAACUCCAAGUCCAGAACGUCUAAGAAGAGCCACAAUGAGCGACAGAGAGCCAAGAAAUCAGGCAGUAAAACCAGUCGAUCCCAGUCUGAAAACAGCCUCCUGGGCCAGAGAGUGCUGCCUGAGCGCAGGUACAGCACCACUGAGAGACACCCAGGCAGAGGGGAUCUUGCUCACAACCAAGGCCCAGUCACUGGACCGCAGGUGUGCAACAACAGCCACAACGGGAGCCGACGUUGGUGCUCCAGCCUGGAGCUCAGCCAGGAUGAAGGGGAGUCCCUAGCAGAUCCGGCACAUAGACGACCACCUCGUAAAGCUCGCCAUGGUCAUUCUUCUCCCCAUUCUCAACCACAGAACUACCACCACCAGCAGCACAACCAGCGCUGGGACCCAGACUUUCAGGAGAGAGCACCUCUCUGUCAGGGAGAGGAGGGCUACACUGGCGCAGCCCCUGCUGAGUCCGAGUCCAGCAUGAGUGAGGUGUAUUCCCCAGCCUCCAGCUCACUGUCCAGUGACUCAGAUGAGAGUGGGGGGCUCGUGUGGCCGCAGCAGCUGCCACCACGCCUUGCUUCUACCUCCUCCUCAUCCUCACCGUCACCACAGGCCACUGCCAACACCCCUUCUCAAUCAAAAGCCUUUGUCAAGAUAAAAGCAUCCCAUGCUCUCAAAAAGAAGAUCCUCAGAUUUCGGUCCGGGUCCCUCAAAGUCAUGACUACUGUAUGAGGAAAGGGUUAAACCUGUUUUAAACCCAUAACCUUCACUACUAUGUUGAAAAGCCAUUGUAAGAGCUCCACUGUUGCAUUUUGGUCACCAAUCAUUGUGUUGUCAUGAUAACUACCCAAUCCAGUCUACCUACCUCUAAUUGCAGACUGUUUGUAGUGUGAGUCAUUUACAUUAAUGGUCAUGAUUAAAGAUCUGCUAGAGAUCAUCUGUCUGUAGUAUUUGUUUGAAUUUAUCUUGUAGCUGACAUCCAUCAGACACAAAGCUAAUGACCAUUAUCCUGCUCUUAUUGAUGAUAAUUGAUGUGAUGGAAUAACUUUCCAUCACAUCAAUUAUCAUCAACAACUUUGUUGACUUGGACCACAAGGUAGCUAAGUGACUGAAUAUGCUGCCAGUUUUUCAUGAUGCCUGUUGGCCUUAACCACCAACAGACCAUAAUCAUAGAUUUAUGGUUAAUUUAUUCCUACAUUUUGUGAAGGAAGCCUACACAACUAAUAGGUACAUGGUCAAAACCUUCAAGUCUUGCACCACAUAAAUUAGAUAAAAGUGUUUUAUGGCACUGACUUGUGUGUAAAUUUGCAAUAUUUGACAGGUCCAAAAUUUCCCAAUAAUUUCCUAGGAAGUUUGCGGGAAAGAACUAUGCAAUUUGGUACUAAUCAGAGGGAACAGCUACAUUUAAACCCAAAUAAAUAUUCAUUGAAUAUUCAUUUAUUGUUAGAAACUUUAUGCUCAAAACUUCACAUUUUGCAUGGCACUGACUGUAGUAGCCUUGCAAGGUUACGCUACCAGUGAUUUGAACAUUGUCUCUAUUUUCAACAAACAAAUUAGUAUUAAAUCACAGUUCUUUCCAGGGACCUUCUUGGAAAUGAUUUAGAAAUGAUUAGGAAAUUAUUCAGAAACCAUAAAAUAAAAGCACAAGAACUAAAAGACCCUAUCAAAACUAAAAUGUGAAAAGUUUGUGGUAAGACUUGAAGCUUUAGAACAAGAAUUGGUCCUGUACUUAGCCAGCAUCCUAUAGAAAAACCUUUCAUUUGUGCAGGAGUGAACAAAUGUGUAAUAGUACAUAUCUAUGUUUACAGUUGUUUGUCCUACAGUCUUAAAAUUCAUGGGCUGGUUGUGACUCUCUAAGCAGGGAAUGCCCACUUAUCUUUAUCGUUCACUACACUCAGCUCUGCCUCUUUGUAAAUUGUGGAUUCACAUUGAAGUGAACUACCCAUUACAUCUCUUCAUCUGCCAGCUGCUUCAGGGGACAGUGAGCAUAUAACAGAUGUCUGUGAGUCAGAAAUGGGUUUAGUAGAGGCCAUAGUAAGGGGCCUAUGUACAUGCAUGCAUGCACAUACAGAAUGUCAAAGUGCACGGAUUCAAUAAAACACAGACGUCUUGUAAAUGUAUCUGUUUAUGUAUAUACCAUGAUGUGGCCUUGUUUGGAAUGAAUGUAGUUUGUAAAUAAAGGCAAUUUUGCUCUAAA